CGUCAGCCUUAGCGAUUGUUUUUAUCGCCUGGGGGACGGACGCUGCUUCGGCGACCACUCGAAGUAAACCAUCAAGAUGGCCGAGAAGAAGGAUUUGGAAGCCGGCGACCCUGAGUUGGAAUGCGUCCGGAAACCAAUGCCGUUACCGGUGCUCCCAAAACCACUUACUUUGGAAGAAAAGAAGUAUUUGCUGGCAGUCGAGAGAGGAGAUAUGGCAAAUGUGAGAAGAUUACUCCAAAAAGGCCACCGCAAAAAACACAUCGACAUCAAUUGCGUAGACUCUCUCGGUCGAGGGGCUUUGACCUUGUCAAUUGACGGGGAGAACUUAGAGAUGGUGGAACUCCUCGUCAUCAUGGGAGUAGAAACAAGAGACGCUUUGCUGCAAGCAAUCAACGCAGAGUUUGUUGAAGCAGUUGAAUUGUUACUAGAGCAUGAAGAGUUAAUUCACAAAGACGGUGAACCAUACAGCUGGCAAAAAGUUGAUCCAAACACAGCAAUGUUCACUCCGGACAUAACACCUCUGAUGCUCGCGGCUCAUAAGAACAACUAUGAAAUAAUCAAGAUACUUCUAGAUCGUGGUGCCACUUUGCCUAACCCUCAUGACGUCAGAUGUGGCUGCGAGGACUGUAUCCGACAAUCUACUGAGGACUCUCUCCGACACUCACUGGCGCGCCUCAAUGAAUACCGAGCUUUGGCAUCUCCGUCGCUCAUAGCUCUGUCUUCGACAGAUCCUAUAUUAACAGCCUUCGAAUUGUCUUGGGAACUGAGGAAUUUAGCCUUUGCUGAACAGGAAAGUAAAGCGGAAUACCUGGAACUACGUAGACAGGCGCAACUGUUUGCUGUAGAUCUGCUCGAUCAAUCCCGAAGCUCCCAAGAGUUGGCCAUCAUUCUCAAUCAUGAUCCUGACGAACCAGCCUUUGUUGACGGAGAGCACAUGAAAUUAGCACGUUUGGAAUUGGCCAUUGAUUUUAAGCAGAAAAAGUUCGUAGCUCACCCUAACAUCCAACAAUUGCUGGCCUCUAUCUGGUACGAAGGUGUCCCUGGAUUCCGUCGUAAGACUACAAUGGAGAAGAUCAUGAUCAUCUGUCGCGUCGCCUUAUUGUUCCCUUUCUACUGCACUCUGUACAUGAUAGCUCCAAACUGCGCCACCGGAAAACUAAUGAGGAAACCUUUCAUGAAGUUCUUAAUUCACGCUUCUAGUUACUUAUUCUUUUUGUUAAUAUUGAUCUUGGUGUCACAAAGAGCAGAGGUACAAGCUAUACAGCUCUUCGGGCCGGAGUGGAUGGUGAAAGAAUUAGAAAAAGAACUCCUGAAACAAAGGGGAAACGGACCUACAUACUUGGAACUUGUUGUCGUUGUAUAUGUUCUUGGCUUCAUCUGGGAGGAAACUCAGGAGAUAUACAUCGAAGGCAUCCGUUCAUAUCUCCGUAAUAUGUGGAACUUUAUUGAUUUCACUCGGAACUCGCUUUACGUGGCGGUGGCUUUGCUACGUUUCGCGGCGUAUCUCCAGCAGGCCGCUGAGAUACGUAGGGAUCAGCAAACGAAGUUCAUACCGAGAGAAAGUUGGGACGCGUUCGACCCGCAACUUAUCGCCGAGGGCUUGUUUGCGGCGGCUAACAUCUUCAGUGCUCUGAAACUGGUCCACUUAUUCUCUAUCAACCCUCACCUCGGGCCGCUGCAGAUUUCUCUUGGUAGAAUGGUCAUAGACAUCGUCAAAUUCUUCUUCAUUUACAGCUUAGUGCUGUUCGCUUUUGCUUGCGGUUUAAAUCAACUGCUCUGGUACUUCGCGGAUCUGGAGAAAAAAAAAUGCUACGUCCUACCCGGAGGACUUCCUGAUUGGGACAAUGCCGGAGACUCCUGCAUGAAAUGGAGAAGUUUCGGAAAGAACGUAAUUGGAGCACCAAUCGCUACAACCAGACUAUCAGAGCAGGCUUUAGUAUGUAUCCCACCAAGGGCACCAAAAUUUACGAUACACGAAUGGAAAGUGAGCAACGAUUUGCGCUGCAGAAAUGCAGAGGACCAGCAACAACUAGCCGACAGGAUCCUGGGCGAGUGUAAAAGAGUCCGAGAGGAGACUGGCGAAAGAUCGGAAAUCAUGAAGGCCACAAGCGAUAGACGAAUCGAAGAACGAAUCGGAGAUAUUGAGUUCAACAAAAGUGAAUUGCAGAUUCAAAGGAAAGAAAUAUGUAUCGAAUUGGAAGCUCUAGGCGUGUAUAAAACUCGUUUGCAAGAUUGCCUCGCUUCUUUACAAGCCAACGCUUUGAAUAUCUGUCGAAAAUGUCUCAUGCUAAGAGAUGGAAGAAUUGGUAUUGAUUUAGUUGUUGACGAGGUUGAACAAUGCUUGCAACAGGAGAUCACUACAAUUGUUGGAGGUCAAAGUCUUUUGAAACGUGUAUUAGAACAACUUAACGAACAAAUGCGUCGACUAAGAGCUACAAGAUAUUUGCUGGAUCGUGACUUACAAUACAAACAGGCUGCAAUCGAUAUCGAUAAAGGUUCCUUGUCUCUGAAACCGACUGACUUGUGCCUCUCUGUAUAUGAAGGGUAUACCAAUCUUGAUCCUGCCAAUAUAUCUGCAGAUGAAUAUAACGCUUAUUCAGCUAAAAAUAUCCAAAUGGCCGCUAGAGAGGUAACAAGUGCAAGACCUAUUCGCAUGUUCGUUGACACGAUCUUGAAACAAGUAAUUGACGAUCUUUGGACAGCUUAUAACAAAUGUAAUCAUGCAUUUCAUGAAAGAAUUGAAGAUACGAAACGUACUAAGUCGAAGCUAGAGGACAUGCACCGUGAUACAACACAAAAGAUUGUUGAAAUGCAAAACAAUAUACUUCAAUUGCAAAAGGCGUUAUCUGAUAAAGAAGGAAACACGGCUUUAGCUCACACUAGAUUGGGGAAAAGGGCUCAAAGAGUAGGAGCUGAGUUAGUGAGGGAUCCACCCGGUCAAGCUUUGUACUAUGAAUGUGAAAUGCUGCGUCACAGUGCAGAACAGCUCCAACAAAUGCUGCAGGAAGCAACGGCUUCUCUACGCUAUUUGCUGCAAACCCAGAUACAACUUGAAGAAGACAUAAAUGUUAAAAUGAACACGCUGAAAAUCGACGAUGUGGACUGCAUGACUCUGAGAGCAACCAUGGAUUACCACGCUUAUUAAAUUAAAUUAAGAAACUCGCGAAAUUUAUCACAAAACCACUUUUUAUUCUUUAAUGCUUGUAAAGGCUACUUUCACAAGCACUUUCAUAUCACAAAUUAUUAUGUUUGAUAUAUACUUUUUUUAAUGGUAAUAAAGUCAUA